CAAUUCGUUUGUAGAAAUAUUUUUAAGUAGGAAAAAAAAACGUGGAAAAAAUGAUUGGAAGACAACUCGUCGCAACGUUAUGCGGAAAUAUCAUGACAUUUUGCUUUGGAUUGGCAGUUGGAUGGCCAUCGCCGACAAUUCCAAAACUAAUGGAUCCAUCAUCAAAAUUACUCGAAAGCGGUCCCUUAACCAUAGACGAAGCUUCGUGGAUUAGCUCAAUCAUGUGUAUCGGUGGCGCCUGUGCCACUCUCUUCUUCGGAUACACCAGCGAAAAAUUCGGUCGCAAACUCUCACUCAUCUCUUUAGCAGUUCCCACGUUGCUCGGAUGGCUUUUCAUCAUUUACGGCAAAAAUCCCACUCAUUUGUACAUCGCUCGGUUCCUUGGCGGCUUCGGCGGUGGCGGAAGUUUCAUUAUUGUGCCGGUUUAUGUCACGGAAAUCGCAAACAACGACAUUCGGGGCAUCUUGGGGUCGUUAACGGUGUUGCUGCAUAACAUUGGACUCGUGAUAAGUUAUGCCGUUUGCAGUUAUGCGCAUUACUUUACAGUGCCUUACAUCGGAAUCGGGGCUUCUGUCAUAUUUUUCGUGUGGAGUUUGAUGAUUCCCGAGUCGCCAACGUAUUUGAUGGAACGGGGAAGGACAGCGGAAGCCGAAAAAGCUUGCAUUUGGUUGGGAAAAGAGAAGAUUGUGAGUGUGGAGACGACAACAUUGAAGACUGAGAAGAAGGAAAGCUUUACGCUUAAUGACUUAUGCACCCGUUCCUCCCGCCGUGGCCUCUUUUUAGGAUUCAUUCUCAUCACGCUCACAUGCAGCAGUGGCGCUUUCGUGCUCCUUCAUUACACAGUGUCAAUUUUCCAGCAAGCCGGAUCAUCCUUAAGUCCCGAAAUGUCCUCCGUUAUUGUCGGAUCCAUCCAACUACUCGGCUCCUAUGUCGCUACUUUCCUCGUGGAUCGCGCUGGCAGAAAAUUUCUCAUCAUCACGUCGUCAUUUUCGGUUGCCUUCGUGCUCACCCUCAUGGGCGCUUAUAACAUUCUCGACUCGCAAGGCAUCAACAUGUCGGCAUUUUCGUGGAUUCCCCUGGUUUGUCUCUCGUUAGUCGUUUUUCUCGCAGCCAAUGGAUCCGCAUCGUUGCCGUAUCUCGUCUUGUGCGAAGUUCUAACGCAAAAGAUCCGCACCUUUGUAUCGACAAUUUGUCUCUUCGAAGAUUGGGUGCUGGCAUUUGCGUAUGUCAAAUUUUUGCCGUUUAUGAUCGCAGCGUGGGGCCUUCAUGGAGCCUUGUGGUUUUUUGCGGCCAUAAAUGUGCUGCUAUCGAGUAUUUUGCUCUUUUAUCUGCCGGAAACGAAGGGAAAAAGUAUCGAUGAAAUCGCACGAAUUUUGUCGCAAAAGAAAUAAAUUGCCUCUAAAAUUACGAAGAUUUUUCAUUCGACGACGAGUUUUUCAUUUUUAAGUGGAAAUUCACUUCAUGCUUGACCGCAUUCGCAUUUU